AACAGAUGGAGUAUAUGCCGGGGACACUGCCACUCACAACUCACCCCUGAGUCGUGACUCAUGACUCCUGACUCCUGACUCCUGAGUCCUGACUCCUGAGUACUGCCAACUUUCUUCUUAGAAAGCCCACGAGGAGGGAGCCUUUUUCUGGCAGGAAAGCACAAACACAGCACACCAAUCUUAAUUGCAACAGGGGCAGCCAAAAUGGUCUAGAAGUCAGGUAAAAUGCCAUUUAAGGUUUGUUUCAGCUUUUCUCCAUUUAAGCUGUAGUAGAUUGGCUAAAGAAGACCAUGUUCUGUUUCAUGGACCUUCCCCAGUCCCCACUUGGCUGAAAUUGAGGGGUUGAAAUCUUUUGUUACAGAUCCAUUUCCAUGGUUCCACUUUGCUCAAUCCACAAGUUAAGCAGGUAGUCAACGAAGGACUCGUAGGCGUUACGGGGUUUCUACUUUCUUUAUCGAUUGGAGAGUCUGGGAGAAUCCGCCGUGAGUGCAGGUUGAUCCGCCAUUUCAGGCUUCUAGCUCCUCUUCUUCUUCUGGGUUGCUCUGGAAAGCCCUUGUGAACAGUUUCUUCCUUCGCGUUCUUGUUCAGUUCUGAUUAGCACUUUAGUAUUUGGGUAGUUGGGUUUUCUCCAAUGAAAUCAAAAAUGUCGUUUUGGCCUCAAAACUCCAAAGCCACAUUUCCUUCUCACCGCUUAAAGCUUCUCCUUUUGGUCUCCUGUUCUCUCUCUGUAUUCUUCUUCGUUGCCUCCCUUUCUAUCCUCGGUAAUACUUUUACUACAUCACCUCCCAUCUCAACGCCAACCUCUCUCGACCAUUUCGUCUUCGGCAUUUCUUCAUCUGCCAAAUCCUGGCCUCAACGCAAAGACUACGUACGCCUCUGGUGGAAACCAAAUCAAAUGCGAGGCUGUGUAUUCCUUGACGCAAUUCCUUCAGAGAAAGCUGAUUCUAAUGACGAGCUUCUUCCUCCUAUAUGCAUCUCUGAGGAUACUUCUCGAUUCCGUUACACCUGCAAGUAUGGGUAUCGAUCAGCAAUCCGUGGGGCUCGGGCUGUGUUGGAGACUGUUGCCCUCAAUCACUCCAAUGUCCGAUGGUUCGUCUUCGGGGACGACGAUACAGUGUUUGUUGCUGAUAAUUUGGUGAAGACAUUGUCUAAGUACGACCAUAAUCAGUGGUUUUAUAUUGGGAGCAGUUCUGAGAGCUUCGAGCAGAGUUACGAGAAUUUGUUUGGUAUGGCAUUUGGUGGUGGAGGUUUUGCGAUUAGCUAUCCUCUUGCAAGAAUUUUAGCAAACACUAUGGAUUCAUGUUUGGUUAGGUACCCACAUCUGUAUGGAAGUGAUGGUAGGAUUUUCUCUUGCUUGACUGAGCUUGGAGUUGGAUUAACCCAUGAACCAGGGUUUCAUCAGGUUGACAUAAGAGGGGAUCCCUUUGGAUUGCUAGCAGCUCAUCCAUUAACACCGUUGGUAUCUCUCCACCACUUUGAUGCCCUAGAUCCAAUCUUCCCCAACAUGACUCGUCUCCAAGCUAUACAACACUUGUUUGAGGCCAUAAAGUUCGAUCCUGAAAGAGUUCUGCAGAGAACUGUUUGCUAUGAUCGUUGGUAUUCAUGGACCAUUUCUAUCUCAUGGGGAUAUGCUGUUCAGGUAAUUGAAACCCAUAGGCAUCUUCCUGACCUUCUUCCUGUGGAGAGGACAUUUAAGCCAUGGAAGAAAAAACCGACAAUGUACUCUACCCUGUAUAAGUUUACCACCAGGGAGGUUCCCAUUGAUCCAUGUAACAGACCCACCAUUUUCUUUCUGGAAACCAUCUCUCUUGAUGGAAAGAGGGUAAAGAGUAGUUAUAGGAGAGUGAUUUCUGAAGAAUGCUUAAAGAGGAAGGCUCCAUGGAUGUUGAGACUGGAACAUAUAAAUGUGUUUUCACAAAAGAUGGAUCUUGAAAUCAGACAGGCUCCAAGACGCCAUUGUUGUGAUAUCUUGAAUUCUUCCAAUCGCACUGUGAUGAACAUAGGCAUCAGAGAAUGUGGAGAGCAAGAACAAAUAAUUAUGCAUCCAUAGAAUUGCCUCAGAAUUAGCAACUUCCCUUGAAGGUUGAAUUGAAUACAUUGAGGGAAGCUGAUCAACAUGAACUUAAUUAACCUUUACAUUUCAAAAGAUGGAUUCAGACUGGAGAGAUCGAUGGUCUUUGGAGAUUUUUGACAAGCCCAGUUUCUGUAAAAAUGUGGUCUUUGAGGCAUUGAACCAGAGGGCUUCGCUUAGGAUACAAGUCUGCUCUGUCCUAGACAUUAAAUUAAUUCAAACAUGGGCUUGCCCUAAAUGUCAUCAAUUGUCAAUUAUGAAGCAUUAUAAUUUACAAA